AAACUAUGAGGGAGAUGCGGGGCGCGGGGGUGGCGCGUUCUGAGCGCCGGAUAGAGCUCGUGCAAUCGGUACUUCAUGCCCAGAUCGUGCAGCAAGGCGUGAACCGGGGUAUGAGUGCCAACGCCGCGACUGCCGAAGCCGGCGGGACCUUGCCUCGAUCUUUGUCAUCAUUUCAACGCGUCAAGUCGUCGUUUCCUUCGUUGGUCGUACCAGAAUUCACCCCAAUCACAACCUUGACCAAUCCCUCCGUCCAGAUGCAACCUUCAUCGCGUGCGACAAUGCCUCAUGACGCCCCCCUUCCAGACCACCUCCACGGUCCCCUAUUUAUGCACCUAAGUCAGAGUUGGAAAGGUCGAGACCUUGUAGCUCCUGAUGAUACGACGGUACCAGCAGUGCGCAUCCUCCCACCCCCUCGUCUCCAUCUACCAUCGAGGAUUGUAUGA